CAACGAUUACCAAGCCACACACCACAAAGAUUUUCCAUGUCACACACCAGUUAAACAGAUGAACACCUACGAAGAAUAUGAUGAAGAAGAACUCAACAACUACAUCAUUCAGUGCAGUAUACAAGACUCCUGUCAUGAUGCUUUUCUGAAGUCUGCAGCCAGUUUAACAGCAUCGACAGAUGAAAAUCUCAGAGUCCUGGCAGCUAUUGAGCAAGGGGAAGUUUCUGUGCUCAGACAGAUGCUGAAGCAUGUCUUUGCUUUCAGUGAGUCAGAUGGUCGAGGCUGGCUUCCACUCCAUCGGGCUGCAUCGCAGCCGGUGCUGGAGGUUCUAGAGACCAUCCUGAGAUUGGAGGCUCAGCGGCUCAGUCUGGAGGAGAGGACUGUUGUUGGAGGAGAGACGCCGUUGACUCUGGCAGUUAAAGCUGGACUUGUGCAGAAUGUAAAGAGCCUGCUGCAGUAUGGAGCAUCACCUCACAGCACAAAUAGCAAGAAUGAGACACCACUGCUGCUGGCAGUGAGAGCUGGCUCUCAUGAGAUGACACACACACUGGUGGCUAACGGCGCUUGGGUAGAGCAAGCCUGCCGGAAGAGAUGGACAGCCAUGCAUGAGGCGGCCAAGGCUGGCAACGUGGACAUCCUGAUGCUGCUGCUAAGAAACGGCGGCCGUGUAAACCACAAGGACGUGACGGGAGUGACGCCGCUUGCUGUGGCUGCUGAGCACGGACAUUUCCACAUCAUGGAGAUUCUACUUGGCUGUGGUGGAAAGGUGAACUCUCAGGCCUGUAAUGGGGAAAGUGUCCUGCUGGAUGCAGCCGGAUCAGGAAGCACCGCCUGUAUUCAGCUGUUGCUGGACAAUGGAGCCAACCCCAACCUGCCCAGCAUAACUGGACAUCUGCCCAUUCACAAGGCAGCAUAUGCCGGGCACCAUGAUGCUCUGAAAAUGCUGAUCCCACUGACCAACAAGAAAGCCAUUAAAGAGGCAGGUCAGAGUCCAGUCCACUCUGCGGCAGAGGGAGGCCAUAGCCACUGUCUGCAACUCCUACUAGCCUGUGGCUUUGAUGUAAACUACCGCAUGAACACCAGAAACUCUGAAAACUACCGGGACAUGAGAAAAAGUGCCCUGUACUUUGCUGUCUCAAACGGCGAUAUGGAGUGCACCAAAAUGUUGCUUACAGCGGGAGCAAAGACAGACUUGGACCCCCUGUGUUGCCUCCUGGUGGCGGUCCGGUCUGGUCAUUACGACAUUGUGAAGCUGCUACUGGCAGCCAAAGCAAAUGUGAACUGUUACUUCACGGUGGUGAGCGACACAGUGUUUCCUACAGCACUGCAGUACUGCCUCAAGGAUGAGGUCAUGAUGCGGCUUCUGCUCAACAGCGGCUAUGAUGUGGACAAAUGCUUUCACUGUCACCAUGACAACGCAAUUGACGCUAUGAAUGAAGUAGAGGAAAAAAUUCCGUUCUGUGAGUUCAUGACUCUCUGCUGCCUCAAGCAUCUGUCUGGAAGUGUGGUCCGGAUUCUGCUGGAUUACGUCAGCCAUGUCCACAUGUGCUCCAAACUCAGGUUCAUCUUGGAAAAACAGAGAGAGUGGCCCCAAAUAUGUGAAAUACUCUGCAAUCCUUGUCCCUUAAAGCACCUCUGUAGGCUGGAGAUCCGGAAGCGUUUGACCCUGAAGAGACUGAACAACCGUGAAAUCAUGAACUCACCCAUUUUCCCCCCAAGACUAAAGCACUUCAUUCUGUACGAGGAGCUGGACCUUUACAGCCAGGGUCCUGAAUCUAUCGUCUAAAAUUCAGCAGAUUUCCAGCAACAGCUCUGCUUGAAUUGGACG